CAAAGUGCAGAAAGUGGAGAGUACACCUAGACAGACAGGGACAUCGAUGGGAAUUUGACGGAACGGCAGUAAAGUUUCGAAAUUACUUUCGCAGGCUCAUCUUCCGCAGGGUACAUCAUCAUCAUCAUCAUCAUCCUCUUAGAAUUCCUUUGUGCCUCCGGUAUGCGCCAAGUGACUCACCCGCAGGGUGGUAAUGUUACGUCAAAACAAAAACAAUCUCGCCGCUGCUAAUUGCGAGAGGACGAUAAAAGUCACAUUCUCUUUCUCUUUCCCUCUGUCCGUCUCUGGAGAACAAGAAAAACGAAUGAGGAAGCGGGGGCGCAAAGCAGAAUCGGAUAAUUUAUGAACGCGCCGCAUAUGUAUGCGUAUAUUUAAAUUUUAUAUAUAUAUAUAUAUAUAUAAUAUAUAUGCAACGAGAUGGCAAAAAUGUUGGCGCGCCGAUAUAGGCGACACAACGAAGUAGUGGGACACGCAUUUCAUAUACCGUGAAAUACAUACAGUGAAAGCGGUGACUCGGGGACGAUCGCGUGUGGCCAUCAUUAGUGUAGCAGAAGAGAGAGAGAGAGAGAGUGAGGGAGGGAGAGAGAGGAGCUGUGUACAUACAUAUACAUCGUAUUACUGCGACGAUAUCCGCGAUGUGCUCGUCGUCGUUGAGGAAUCGCCGCAUUCCGUGAUCAGGUGGUGCGUCGAGAGUCACUUUUGACGUUUGGGACGUCAGAUUUUGACGUUUCGCCGAGACGCGAUCAGCUGUUGCGCGAAUAGACUGGCCUCGCUCGUAACGUAUUACCAAAAGUACAUCUAAAAUUGGUUAUCGCGACAUGUUAUAACUCCACCGCGUGAUUACUAUAGAUAGCGAGUUAAUAUGCACGUAUAAAAAUGUGUCGCCGGAGGUUCGUCUUUUUUUCCCUCUCUUUUUAAAAAACAGGCUAGAAUAUGUGCACGAGAUAACGAGCUGAACGACGAGGAUUAUGACGAACGGCGUAAAGAUCUUGUGCAACAAUCACAACUAUUUCUACCACGGGCUGCACCGUCCCGAUUCGUCAUCACCAUGCACACAUGAUUAUCCGGGUUCAUGCGUUCUGUUAUUGACAGCGGUGAGCAAACGACGUCGUCGAGCGCGGAUGGGAGCCGUUCUCCGCCGCGCAGGGAGCUCCCUCGGCAAACCCAGUCCUCGUCCACGUCGCUCGUAACCGGCGGCGACGUCCAGGGGAUGCCUAGUCUACACUCGCUCGUCGUAAGACGGGCCCCGUUAACCGAGAACAGCAUGGGUACCGCGACGAGCUCGGUGACGUCCGUGAAUCCGCCGAGUAGUAACCCGAGGAAGCUCGAUAAGGCGAGGUUCAGCGGCAUCAAGCUACCUCUGAUACGGAAGGAGGCGAGUGUGGUGAACCUCUCCCUGGCGGAGAGGAGCCAGGUGCUUGGGAAGGAGGCGGACGCGCCCCUCCUAAGACCCGAGAGCAGCGCGAGUCUCGAGGCACGAGGAGGCAGCUGGAUUAACCUGGCUCCCGGAGCUCUGAGGAAGUGCGAGACCGCCGUGGGAUUGAGCACCUCCGCCCUGGAAGGCAGACCCAUCAAUCGCAGCAGAGUCUGUUCGCGCUGCUCCAGUCUGCUGUCCCUGGCGUCCAGCUCGCGUUAUAGCCUGGCCGCUGGUAAUUUCGUUCCUGCAGGCUCCCAGCAGAUCAUUGGACGGAUAUUUUGUAAAUUAUGUCUUGUCGAUACCUCCCUCUCCAAAACGUUUAAGAUUGAGGGAUGCGGUUGUUCCUAUUGUAAAGAUUGCAUGCGUGCCUAUGUAGAAUUUGAAAUUGAGGAAGGUGCGUAUGAAAUUAGUUGUCCCGAUGCUCAAUGUGAUCAUGGCGCGAUACUAUCCCUGAAAGAAAUAUCGAGUCUUGUCAGUGUAGAACUCAUGGAGAAACAUUGCAAGUUUCGUUUGAAUAGAGAUGUAUCAAUGGACAAAGGACGUGCUUGGUGUCCACGAGCUGGUUGUGAGACAAUAUGUUCGAUAAAUGGCAAUGGUGGAAGCAGCACUCCUUUGGGUCCUGUUCACUGUCCUAACUGUUCCACAGAUUUUUGUUCAAUAUGUCGUGAGCCUUGGCACAAUGGGCCCUGUUCGGAACUUCCAUUAGGAAUACCAUUUGGUAGUGAUCACAUUAAAUGCUGUCCCAUGUGUUCUGUACCGAUAGAAAAAGACGAAGGUUGUGCUCAAAUGAUGUGCAAAAGAUGUAAACACGUGUUUUGCUGGUACUGCUUAACGUCCUUGGAUGACGAUUUUUUGUUGCGACAUUACGACAAAGGACCAUGUAAGAAUAAAUUGGGACACUCACGUGCAUCCGUGAUAUGGCAUCGAACGCAAGUUAUCGGGAUAUUUGCUGGUUUUGGCCUACUUCUACUUGUCGCAUCGCCCUUGCUUUUAUUAGCGGCACCUUGCAUUGUAUGCUGUAAAUGUCGCGUUUGCGGUUCUUCCAGACUCGAGCAGGAGGAAGGCGAUGCAACAACAUAGAAUCUUCUAAACUUUUUAACCGAUUUUCGCUUAAUUAUUUCGUUGAGCUACAAAAUAAACUUUUUCUAGAUUUCUACGUAUGGGAGGUAAUAAAAUUGGCAAUUUAUAUAUAGAUAUACAUUUGCAUUUUGUUAAGUUUACGUUUUAUUUUAUUUUUGUGCGUUGGUAGAUAUAAAAACACACAUAAUAUAGAGGGACAGAAUGUAUAUCUCUUGUCAAGUCAAGCAUAUUGUGAUUAAUAUAUAUUUAUAUUUUA